AUGAAGAACGUGUGCAAGAGACUUGGUGUGCAUUGGCCGACCCAACGAGAGCAGCACGAGCUGGAGGAGGAGCGCAAGGCUGGAAGUCUAGAGCAGAUUCUGCUUGCUGGGCACGCCAGGGAGGCAGGAGUCACGGAUCAUACGGAACAUGCCAUGCAAGAGGAGAGCGACGUAGAAGUGAUCCAUGACUACGAGUUUGAUGCAGGAGCUUCAGGCAUGGAGAUACCUUCAAGCUAG